AUGUUCAAAUCUCGGAAAAGUAAUAAAAAAAAACAGAUACCAGGUCUCCAUUACUACCAGUACUCCUCUCCAACAAUGCUUGCACAUGGAAUUGCUGCCGAUGGCACCCAUAUCUUCACCCACCAUGGUUCAAACACCCACCUUUUGUUAAGCGGAGACCUGAUUGAAACUUCAACCAGUCUCCCCCUGGUGUAUGCCAACGUGCCCCGUAUCUCAGUUUCUGGUAUUCUUGGAACAAUCAAACUCAAACUCAACCGGUAUGUGGUUGUUGUGGACAAGCACAUUGUCACCGGAUCUGUCUUGGGUGCCGAUAUCGCCAGAGUGGUGUCCACCAAAGUGAUCCCCGUUGGUGAGGGCCUGUCUGUUUCAAAGAAUGAAGACAAACAUUAUUGUAAUCUUUUGAAACAACAAUUGAAUAACGCUACCUUAUACUUUAGUCUUGGUAACAAAUUUGAUUUGACAAACUCUAUCCAGGCACAAUAUACCGCCACUUCCCCUCUUUUACCGCAAGCGGAAUUCUGGUGGAAUCGUUAUCUUUGUGAAGAUUUGAUUGCCGCCUCAGUGGAUCAACAUUUUAUCACCCCUGCAAUCUAUGGUUACUUUAAAUCACACCCUAUCCAGGCUCCAGACCAUCGUACCUUUGAGUUUGCUCUUUUGACCCGUAGAUCGGUCAACCGUGCCGGUACCAGAUAUUUCCGUAGAGGUAUCGAUGACGAGGGAAAUGUAGCAAAUUUCAAUGAAACUGAACAGAUUCUUACCUCCACCAGUAAGGGAUCGAAUGCCGAUCAGAUCUUUUCAUUCCUUCAAAUCAGAGGCUCUGUGCCAGUUUAUUGGGCUGAGAUUAAUAAUCUCAAGUAUAAGCCAAAUUUGGUGAUUUCAUCGAAACCUGCCCUUGAAGCAACUUCAAAGCAUUUCCAAAAUCAAGUCGACAAGUAUGGAGACGUUUAUUGUGUCAACUUGGUCAACCAAUCCGGUUACGAGGAACCAGUCAAGAAGUCUUUUGAAACUGCCAUUGAGACAUUAUCACCACCAUCUUUGGCCUCCAAAGUUAAGUAUAUCUAUUUUGAUUUCCAUCAUGAAUGUCGUAACAUGAGAUGGGAUAGAGUGGAAUUGCUCUUGAAGCAUUUAAUCGAUUUGAACUACACCAGUGAAGAAUAUUUCCAAUAUGAUUUCACCCUGAAGAAGGUCAUCAACACCCAAACAAAGAUUGUUAGAACAAAUUGUAUGGAUUGUUUGGAUCGUACCAAUGUGGUACAAUCCACUUUAGCUCGUUGGGUUUUACAAAAUCAAUUUACCAAGGCUCAAUACUUACCAGAAAAUUCGGUGACUCCAUGGGCUGUAGUGAUUCCAAGUUUCUUGCCAAUUUUCCAAAACUUUUGGGCCGAUAAUGCCGACUCCGUUUCAUGUGCUUAUUCUGGCACUGGUGCCUUGAAGACUGAUUACACCAGAACGGGGCAAAGAACUAAGAAGGGUGCUCUUAACGACUUGAUGAAUUCCAUCACCCGUUACUACAAGAACAAUUAUGCGGACGGGAACCGUCAAGAUUCCUACGAUUUGUUUCUUGGGAAAUACCAACCUUACAAGGAUUCUGUCAACUCUCCAUUCAUCGAUAGAAGACCCCCCACCAUCCAAUUAUUACCAUAUUUAUUGGGGACUUCGAUUUUUGUAUUUUUCGCAGUUAUUUUCUUCCCUAGAGGCUCCUUGAGCAAUUGGCAAAACUUGCUUGUUUUGAGUGCUUCUAUCUUUUUCAAUGUUAGAGGUCUUUUGUUCAUGAACAAGGAAGGAUAUCAAUUUGUUAACUGGCCCAAGUUGGGGAGAUUAGAUUAUUUGAAGAAGGUUGAUGUUUUCGAUGGACAAGGGAAACUGAUUGGUGUUAGAUAUGAAGAGAAUGACGAUUUUGUUGCUGUCACCGGUAAGAAACAGAAUUAG